AUGGUACCAAUCCCAGCAACGUCCCUCUACGAUCUCGAUCAUCAGCAGCCCUUCCAAGACCCGUCAAAGUCGCAAUGGACUCAUUUAAAUUUGUUCAUGCCUCAAGAAGCCCGAUCGCAGGCAGUAACUGGUACUCUGACCGAAACAGACUUAACAAGCUCUAGUGCAUCUGACCUCCAGGAACAGAGAAGGCUCACUGAAGAAAAGAUAAUCUGGGCUCCUCUUGACUACCUUUGCAGUUUCCCAGGAAAAGACAUCAGAGGCAAGCUGAUUUCUGCCUUCAACCAAUGGCUCCAAAUUCCAGAGGACAAACUCGACGUCAUCAAGCGGGUGGUCGGCCUACUGCAUUCGACCUCGUUGCUAAUUGACGAUAUCCAAGACUCGUCGAAACUCAGGCGAGGAUUCCCCGUCGCGCAUAGUAUUUUCGGUAUCGCACAGACCAUCAAUUCGGCUAAUUUCGCCUACUUCUGGGCGCAGCAGGAGCUCAAAAAGUUGGGCAAGCCGGAGGCUAUGGUCAUCUUCACGGAAGAGAUGUUGAGGCUUCACCGCGGCCAGGGCUUGGAUCUCUAUUGGCGAGAUUCCUUGACCUGCCCCACGGAGGAGGGGUACCUUGAAAUGGUUGCCAACAAGACCGGCGGGCUGUUCCGGCUUGCGAUCAAGCUGAUGCAUAUGGAAAGCGAGAAUACGAAGGAUUGCGUGCCGCUCGUCGACCUUCUCGGAAUCAUCUUCCAAAUUCGAGACGACUACCAGAACCUGCAGAGCGAGUUGUAUGCCAAGAACAAAGGGUUCGGUGAAGACAUCACCGAGGGAAAAUUCUCCUACCCCAUUAUCCACAGCAUUCGCAGUGAUCUGAACAAUUUCCAGUUGAUGAGUAUCCUGAAGCAAAAGACUGAGGACGAAGAUGUCAAGCGGUACGCUGUUCGCAUCGUCGAGUCUACGGGAAGCUUUGAUUAUUGCCGUAAGAGACUGGCGAGUCUUACGGCAGAGGCGAGAGAAAUCCUGAAGGACUUUGGUGAUCUAGGCCACACAGAAGAAUUGAAGGGUAUCCUGGACUUUCUGGAACUGAAGGGGUAG